AAAACAAAGCAGUAAAAGAGAACGAAAGACGGAUAACGCAGACAACAGGCUCGCUGCAGCGAUUCAGCCAUGGCAAUUUCCGCACUGUCUUGCACUCUCUAUUCAGCUUCAACUGUGAGGAUUGAGGCAAGAGCUUGGAAUUCAUGGCGGCCGAGCUGCCCUGUCCGCCCGCUGGUAAUGUCCCAAAUACAAAAGGAUGGUCCAGGCCGGCGAGUGUGGCGGCGUAGGAAAUUGACAAAGAAGGAUGACAUGUUGCGGUACAAAUUGGAGCGAAUUCCUUUCCUUGAGGAGCAGAUGAGGAAGGUAAGGGAAACAGGGAAGCUGUUGACAAUGGACAUUGAAAGAUUGUUACUCUCGGAGGAUAACCGGUUUGAUUUUGUGAAUGAGGUAGCUGCUGAGGCCAAGGAAUAUGUUGAGAAUAACGUGGACGAGUAUGGAGGUAGGAAAAAAGCCAUCCUUCAUGUGCUCAGCAACCGUGUGAAUGAUGCUGGGUUUUACCGACCAGAGGCAUAUGAAGAAUCUGAUCCCUUUAAGCCUGGCCCUGAUUACCUGAAAGAAGAAUUUACAUAGGCUUAGAUGGAUUUACUAUGUCACUGAGAGUUGUAAUUGUCAGCUUCUGUAGGACUGUCAUUGUAUUCUUAUCUUUCCUUGUCCUUCCAUACCGUUUUACAACGGCCGAGCUGAGCUUGCAAUCUGAGUCUGAAAAUUGAAAUGCAUAUAUAUGAGAAAUCUUGCCAGCAAGCUCCAUUGGGUGCAUCAA